CUGUCAGCUAAUUUUUUUAGAGGAUAAACGAAGAUGGAAGUCUGUAGGUUUUCGUACUUUGGUACUGUCGACGGACUCAGACGACCUUGAGUAAUCAAAUGUGAGUGGUGGCGGGUUGAUACCCAUUACAUUCAUGGUUCUCUGGACUAAGAUCCUGGGUACGCGUAACCUCUUUCCGUUAGCAUUGCCCUGUAGAUGUGAUGCCAAUCGGGCUGUUUUAUCCCGUACCAAACGACGAAUAUAUGAACGUUCUUAUCCGGUUAACCUUAUUUAUCCUAACGGUGGCUCCAUUCGUAUUAAAUUUCACGAGCCUCGAAUGAUACUCCAGGUCAGUUUUCUUAAAAUCUCUCCUCAAAAAGCGUCUUCAUGUAUUUUAUCGCAAACUUACGUUCCCAUCGUAGGAUGAAGCUAAACUGAAAAAAACUUAACGAUAUGUUAUUGCUCAGGGUUGUUUUUUAGCUCUGAAACUUGGUGCUUUUACCUAGAGCCUGGUUUACCAAAAUUCUAACUCGGUUUUGUAUAUGUUUAAUGAGCCGUUUAUAUGACUGCUGAAUUAUUGCAAGAAUAUUUAUGAAAAUCACAAAAUUUGACUGUUAAGUCGUGUCUGUCAAGCGAACUCUUUUGGUAACCCAGUUAUAUUGUAGGUAUUUACACUGACGAGUAAUACCAUCGUUUAUAGUGCAAAACGACUGUUACAGAG